AUGAGAAGGAAUGAGAAAGUCAUUCUCUAUCUUCUCCUUUAUGUAGAUGAUAUUCUUAUGGCAAGUUCUGACAUGCAAGAGAUUCAGAAGCUCAAGGAAAAAUUGAAUGAUGAAUUUGAGAUGAAGGAUCUUGGUAAUGCAAAGAAGAUACUUAGUAUGGAUAUCAUAAGGGACCAGAACAAAGGUGAGUUGUUCUUAUCUCAGCAGGGGUACUUGAGGAAAGUGGUGGAGCGGUUCAGAAUGAAAGAUUCUAAAGUCGUUAGCACUCCUCUUGGUCACCACACUAAGCUAUCUAUAAAGCAGUGUCCUCAAUCCGAUGAAGAGAAAAGCAAGAUGGAGGGUACUCCCUAUGCAAGUGGGGUUGGAAGCAUCAUGUAUGGUAUGGUUUGUAGUAGACCGGACUUAUCCUACGCAAUCAGUGUGAUAAGUCGGUUUAUGGCAAAUCCGGGUCAAGUGCACUGGCAAGCUUUGAAGUGGGUUCUGAGAUAUUUGAAUGGAUCUUUGAGAGGUGGUCUAAGGUAUACAAGGUCACAACCAGGUAGGGAUGCUUUGGAGGGAUAUGUAGAUGCGGACUAUGCAGGUAACGUAGACACUAGAAAAUCUUUGUCAGGUUUUGUGUUUACAUUGUUAGGUACAGCGGUAACUUGGAAGGCAAAUCAACAAUCAGUUGUAGCUCUUUCAACAACUCAAGCAAAGUACAUAGCCCUUGUUGAAGGGGUCAAGGAAGCCAUAUGGUUGAAAGGUAUGAUUGGAGAAAUGGGGAUUAGUUAA